AUGAUUUUAAACUAUCUUCGCAGUGCACUUGUGACACUGCUCGCAGCAUUCCUUGCUACUUCCGUAGCUGCCUCUAAUCAUGCUCUUAGAAACGAGCUUACCACCUCGCAGAGUCUGCCGGGCACUUGGGUAUCUCAAGGAUGCUAUGUGGACGUUGGUCGGACAUUAUCCGAGGGAGAAUACAUUGACAACACAAACAUGACAGAUGAAUCAUGUAUUUCAUAUUGUGCCUCCAAAAGCCUCAACUAUGCUGGAACAGAGUACGCCUCAGAAUGCUAUUGCGGCAACAGUCUUGCAGCUGGAGCUGGGCGUGCGCUAGCUUCAGACUGUAGCAUGAAGUGCCCAGGAAAUGCUACUGAGUUUUGCGGUGGCCCAAAUAGACUGAAUCUUUUCUGGAACGGUAAAUCUCCACCUCAAACUAAUCCUGGGUCUGGACUCUGGAGCUUUUCUGGGUGCUACACAGAAGGUCAAACAGGCCGACUUUUGAUAUACCAAAUUAUAGCUUCUCCCAUGACGGUGGAUACCUGCACAGCGGCGUGUCAAGAAGGAGGCUAUUCGUUGGCUGGAAUUGAAUACGCUGAUGAAUGCUGGUGUGGAAAUCAAUUGUCUAACGGAGGAGCUCUCGCACCGGAGGGCGUUAGCGGUUGUUCUACAUUAUGCGCAGGCAACUCUUCAGAGUUUUGUGGUGGGACCAAUCGACUUGAUGUAUAUGAUUUUAACAAUACGGUUAUUGUUACCGCGCCAUUUACUGCUACCACGACUGGAACAGCACCUUCUUCCACGGGUUCCCCAUCAAUUCAACAAACACUUGGUGUAUAUACCUACUUUGGGUGCCAGACUGAAGCUACAAGCGCUCGAGCACUUGCCUCCAAGGCUUCUGAUGCUGGAAACAUGACACUGGAGUCAUGUGAAGCAAGCUGCAUUGGUUACACCUAUUUUGGAACCGAAUACGGACGAGAAUGCUAUUGUGGCAAUGCCUUUUCCGCUGGCUCUGUCUCUACCGCUCCUCCUUCAAGCUUGUCCACGGGUGUGACAGAUCUCCCUACUGGAUGGGUUUACAGUGGCUGCUGGGUUGAUGGAGCACAAGGUCGUGUUCUGACGUAUCAGCAACCUGAUAAUCAGAACCUUACUGUCGAAUCUUGUGUUGCGACAUGCUCCGGACUAAAUUAUAUUGUCGCAGGCAUGGAGUAUAGCUCUGAAUGUUUUUGUGAUAAUUUUGUCAGAAAUGGAGGUGUUCUUGCAACCUCACCUGCUGACUGUAACAUGCCGUGCAGUGGUAAUUCAAGCGAAAUUUGCGGUGCUGGAAAUAGAUUGUCCCUCUACUCCUUUGGCAGUGUACAAACAUCUCAACCUGCGACUGUUCAGCAAAGGGAUUUACCUGGUGAUUGGAACUAUAAAGGGUGCCUCGAAGAUAAUAUAGGAGGCAUUAGAACAUUCCCCUAUCAAAUGAUCACUUCAAAUAAUACCGCAACGAAUUGUCUUUCGCAGUGUCAAGCAUUCGGCUAUAAUGCAGCUGGCCUCGAGUACGGCUCCCAAUGCUUUUGUGGAGACGUGGAGAAUAUCAUAACGGCUGGAGCAUCAUUGAUUAGUGAAUCUAACUGCCAAGUUGUCUGCUCUGGUAAUUCCUCUACUAUAUGCGGCGGAGACAGUCGCUUAUCUUAUUACUCGUGGGAUGGACCGGCGCUCUACAAUUGGUCAUUUCCAGAGGGCCCCAAUGCUGGUGAACACUCAUUGCUAAUAGGCGGUGUGUGCAUACCAUUAAUGACCUCCCAAAUGAUUACUGGCAAGGUGACAUUCGUUGAAAAGUUCGGGACGGGCGAGCCAAACUCGACAGGCGCAUAUGAGUUAGAUCUCUCAGCAAUCGAUAAUUUUACACUGGCAUGGAGACCAAUGCAUGUUGAAACUGAUGUCUUCUGCUCCGCAGGACUUAUUCUUCCGGAUAUUGCUGGGAGACAUAUAGAUGUGGGAGGGUGGUCCGGCGAAUCAACAUACGGUGUACGACUUUACUGGCCGGAUGGAUCCCCUAAUGUCUGGGGAACCAAUGAUUGGCAGGAAAAUGUGAACGAGGUGCGCCUUCUCGUCGCUCGGUGGUACCCCACGGCAAUGAUUAUGGCAAACGGCUCAAUUUUGAUCGUCGGUGGCGAAGAAGGAUCGAAUGCCCCUGCAUCUCCAAGCUUAGAGUUACUCCCUCCAACAGGCGCCCCGGUUCUCAAUCUAGAUUUUCUUGCUCGUACAGACCCCAAUAAUCUAUAUCCAUUCCUCGCCGUUAUCCCAUCCGGUAUUUUUGUUGCAUACUAUAAUGAAGCAAGAAUUCUUGAUGAAGUCACAUUUGAGACUAUCAAGACACUGCCCAACAUUCCGGGUGCUGUAAAUGAUCCGAAUGGCGGACGAAACUAUCCUCUCGAGGGGGCCAUGGUUUUACUACCUCAGGUUUACCCUUACACAGAUCCCAUCGGAGUGCUCAUUUGUGGCGGUUCCACACCUGGGGGCGGCUUCGCCAUAGAUAAUUGUGUUUCUAUGCAACCUGAAGCUAAGAAUGCUACUUGGCUGAUUGAAAGAAUGCCAUCGCGCCGUGUAAUGCCAUGUUUGGCUUCUCUUCCAGAUGGUACAACACUCAUCCUGAAUGGCGCACAUCAUGGUUUCGCUGGAUUUGGACUCGGAUCUGAUCCUAACUUCAACGCUGUUCUAUACGACCCCCGCCUGCCCAUAAACUCACGCAUGAGUGUAAUGGCCAAUACAUCCGUCGCCCGUCUUUACCAUUCUGAAGCAAUUCUUCUUCUCGAUGGACGAGUGAUGGUAUCUGGAUCUGAUCCACAAGACAAUGUUCAUCCAGAAGAAUAUCGAGUUGAAGUAUUCACGCCUCCUUAUCUUCUCUCCGGUCUUCCUCGUCCGACUUUUUAUAUGAACAACACGGAUUGGUCCUAUUCGCAAAUUGUUCCUUUCACUAUUACGUCCAACUUUACCUCGACGGCAAACCUCAACUUUUCCAUUCUUGGCUCCGUUGUAAGUACGCAUGGUAAUUCUAUGGGUCAACGAACACUCUUUCCUCAAUUGGCCUGUGGAUUUAAUAAUACUUGCACAAUUACUGCGCCUCCAAACGCACAUAUUUGUCCGCCAGGCUGGUAUAUGGUAUUUGUCCUCGAUGGACCCACUCCGUCUGUUGGGGCAUGGGUAAGAAUUGGUGGGGAUCCAGCACAUUUGGGGAAUUGGCCCAAUGCUCCUGGUUUUGACAUUCCGGGACUUUGA